CGCCCUUCCAUCCACGCCAACUGCCGUCUCCCAUUCUGUCAUGCACACACAUGCCGCCAUCGACCGACUGAUCUUGUUCUUCGCACUGCUACCGCUCGAUUGGUUAUUUUCCGGCUCUAUGUGCGAAUAGGACCGGAUCUUGUUGGAACCGAUCAAGCCCGAUACCUUCUGGCCGAGAUCUGUCACCCGCAAGACUGGUCAUGCUACUGUUCGCACAAGAGCCCGGCAAGCACCUCGAGCUUGGUCGUGCACGCCAGGACUCGUCUUGUUCACGGCUAACUACCUUGCCGAGGACUCAACCCAAGGGAGGGAGGGAUGAACCAUUACCACAGUAAGCAAUCCUCCGCUGCGUCCAAACGCCACAUUCUAUGCACGCUCAUCUAGGACGACAAACUCAAGCGAAACAACAUGCCCCGAACAACAUGCCCCGAAACGUGGACAAGCCAACACAUGUAAAUGAGAGCGUUUAUGCUGUGCGCGAAGACCAAGAAGGAAGACAGCCCACAUUCAUCGAUCAGCUGUUCAGACUGAAGAUCACAUUUCUUCAUGGAUCGGUUUGUUUUCGUCUUAGCGUCGGCAUCAGCAAUGGGGACAACAAUUCGUUUCGCAUCUAUUUACAAGUCACACCCGACCGUCUCCACUCACUCGAACUCACGCACUGCAAAUUGAAUGACGAAAACACGUCAUUGAAGAUGGCGAUGUAUCGCCAAGGCUGCACAAGCGAUGUGUGCCGCCUCGAUUUCAAAUUGCACAGUGGCGUCUGCGCUCAACUUAUCGUGCCGAAGGAUUUCGGAUGUCGUGAGAGUCUCGAUGAACCCGGCCGGCGUGGUUACGACUCGCUUGCCUCGCUUGCGACCACUUCGUCAUUCUCUGUCUACGUCCCGUACAACACAACCAUCCAGCGCCAGCUCAAUCAAUGCCAGACUGAUGUGAAGUGUUUCUCGAAGUUUGCGGAAAACAUGCAACAACUUCGAUCAUUUCAACUCGAUGUGGACCCGCAGAGGCUAUACGCCGGUAAAGGUGGCAGGGUUGUGGACCAUCGCGAUCAAGAAGAGUUUCAGCCGGGCUGGAAACGUGACGGAUCUACUACACCAGCGACGAUUGACUACGAGGACGAUCCGCGGUAUCUCGAAUUACCUUCCCAGUACGAUGGAUGCUCGGGACAGGAGCCCAUGACGACUCCGGCCGACGUGCCGAACUUGUUCGGAAGUCCCGCUGUUGACUGUGCGCCGCCGGCCUAUAACGCCACCGAAUGCCCACCCGAUGGGCCCCGUCCCAAACGUGCGUCUUCUUUGGACGACGACGCACAUCAAAGCUCCAAAAGAGUUUGCUCAAUCGCCUCUACUCCCACACUGGAUUCGACAGGAGAUGUACAGCAGUUCGAUGUGAAACCGGGAUCUUAUUAUGACUUGGUGCGCCUACUUGUACAUGUACAAACACGGGUGAUGCAUUACGAAAGAAAGACGAUAAAACUAGAAGAGGAUUUCAAAAGCCUUCAGAUGCGGAACGCAGAGCUUCAGAAUACGUACGACGUUUUGAAGCGUCAGCUGGAGGAGCUUGAGGCUGUGAAUGAGUCUGUAGAUGAACGGUUGGAGGAGGCUGACGGUCGGUUCGAGUCUAUAGAUGGACGGCUGGAGCAGGCUGAGGAGAGGAUCGGGGAUCUGAGUGCGCACACCCGUGAGCUGGACGAUGACUGUAAAGAGCUCAGUCAACAAAUGCCUGACAUGUUGGACGACGCACAUACCGAAAUGCUGGAGUUGGCGAAGGACACGAUGACCGAUGUGAUGAACGAGCACAUGGCGACAGGGUGCGGAGGAGUUGUGGCUGUUACGGAAACGUAUGUCCACAACUGUGUCGCGACUGGGAUAGCCGGUUUCCAGAAGAAGUUUCUAAAAGCGAUUCAAGACUAGAGAAAUCUACUUAUUUGACACCGGCAAAAAACCUGCAUCGAUAUC